CUCAGCCGCCUUCUUCCCGAGGGACUCUCCCCAGGGAUUCCGCCCGCACGGUUCGGGUCCCGUGGUUGUGAUCUGGUGGCGCCCGUGAGGAAGGGGCUGGCUGAGAAGCUGAGUGGCGGAAACCGCGGGCGAGCCUGGGAUCCAGUCACACACCCCAGUAGGAGCCGGAGAAACGGCCAGGCCCCAGGGACUGGCCAGCCUCCCUCGUAACUAACCCAAACGCAGUGAGGAGGGCGACCCUUUGUCACCCAUCAGGUUGGCAGAGGUUAAGCGGGGUGAUGAUGCUCGGGGGCCCGCCAGUGCGUGAGGGCACGGCAGCCUCGCCCGUGGCUGGCAGAGUGUACGUGGGGGAGCCUUUGCGGAAGGCCGUUUGCUGGCGUGUGUCAGCAUCUCGGGAUGUGUGCCGUGUGACGCGGGCCUCCUCCGGCCCGGGGCUUCAGUUAGCGAGUGUGUGGUCGUGUUGAGUGUCUAGAGGGGCAGAAAGUGCCAAGCAGUCUGGGAGUCCCCAUCGGCGGGGGAAGAGUCAGUAACCUGUGGGACAGCCGACGACGGGGUACCGUGUGGGCGGUGAAAAUAGGACAGAUGGAGACGUCCAGACGUGAAGCGGUGUUCCCGAGGUGCUGUGAGCGGAGAAGUCAUCCCCCACCCCCGCGUGGAGAGGUGUCCAGGACAGGGCUGACCCUCUGUGAUCGCUCGCCCGGGCAGUCGUGUCAGAGUCCCACGGUCUGGGUGGCUUGAACUACAGAACGUAUUGCCUUGCGGUUCUGGAGGCCAGAAGCCCGAGAUCUAGGUGCCGCCGGUGGUGGCUCUUGUGGGGGCUGUGGAGGGAAUCUGUCCCAUCCCGCCCCCCUCACUCCCGGGGCUCUGCUGGCUCUCCUGUGUGCCGCUCUGUCUCUAACUGGCCCCUUUUUGUGGGGACAUCAGUCCUGUUAGAGGAGGGUCGACCCUAAUGAGCUCAUCGGACCUUGAUCACCCCUGUGAAGACCUUUGCUUUGUAGGUAGGGUCACACUCUGAGGAACUUGGGGUUGAGAUUCCAGCACGUGAAUUUCAGGGGCACGGUGUGACCCCUACCACUCUCCAAAGGCUCUGAGGUAGGAGCACACGUGGAACGUUCCAGGGAUGGAAGGAAGGCCUUCAUGGCUGCAGGGAGUGAAUCCAGGGGCGAGGAGAGCAGGCAGCCAGGGGGAGGAGCCAGACCAUGUGGGGCCUCAUGGGCCCUGGAGAGAAAUGUGUCUCCGCUCUGCUCGGGGAAGGAAAGCCUUGGAAGGUCCUGGACUGGCUGCCUUUGCGGCCUUGUCCCCCGUCCUCACAGCCACGUGGAAGUGGAGGCUCCGUGCGGUGCCGUGACCCGGCUGACUUUCAGGCCCGCGGCUCCCCUGCUCCUCUGUCCUCAGCGAGCAGGGACCCUCCCCCCACCACCCAGGUACAAGGAAAGCAGGCGAGGACGGGGGCGCGUGGAGUCAGGUCCCCUGGAACCAUGCGCUGUCUCUCCUUCGGCGCCUCCUCAGCUGCAGAGCGGGGUGACGGUAACCUCCCGGGUUAUUUGAGGAUUGAAUUCUGUGGUCCCUGGAUGGUGCCCGUCCCAGGUCCUGGCGUGGAGACGGAACGCGCACCAGUGCCGGCGCGUGAGGCCCUGGGAGCUCUGGGAGAUGAAGUUCGGCUGCCUGUCCUUCCGGCAGCCUUAUGCGGGUUUCGUCUUAAAUGGGGUGAAGACCCUGGAGACGCGGUGGCGGCCCGUGCUGAGCGGCCAGCGGCACCGCACCCUGGCCGUCCACAUCGCGCACAGGGACUGGGAGGACGCGGCCUGGAGGGAGCUGCUGGCCGGGAGGCUGGGGAUGAGCCCCGCGCAGAUCCAGGCCUUGCUGCGGGACGGGGAGAAGUUCGGCCGCGGAGUGAUAGCCGGGCUGGUUGACAUUGGGGACACUUCGCUGUGCCCGGAAAACUUAGGUCCCAACGAGGUUGCGGAGCUGGAGAAUCAAGCCCUGCUGCCCAACCUGCAGCAGAAGUACCUGACUGCGCUUGCCAACCCCCGCUGGCUGCUGCAGCCUGUCCCCGGGAGAGGCGGGAAGGACGUCUUCCAGGUGGACAUCCCCGAGCACCUGAUCCCCUUUGGGCAGGAGGCCUGACCAGACUGGGCUCUCGAGAGGAAGGUGACCGAGAGACCGGCUCAUUGUGCCACCGUCCACUCGCCUUCACGCCCUGGACGUGCACGUCUGGUUCGGUCUGAAUCGGCCCUGCCCCGGGGAGCGCUGCCCGCUCCGUGCUGUUCACGGAAGCAGACGUGCCCACCUGGUGCAGGGACAGGGGUUGGGACUCUCCUCGUGCGAUGCCGCUCUGGGCUCAGCGACAGAGUCUCGAGGACUUUGACCUUUAGGAAAAGAUGGCAGGGCCACUCGUUUUGGCCCUACUGGUUCUGGGUGGUUGAGAGAGAUGUGUUUUGGGGGGACCAGUUAGCGUUUUCCCCUCUUUGGCCUGGUCAGAGCUCCCAGAUGUUUGGACCGCGUCUGGGGAACGAACGAUGGGGGAAGGCCGGUGGCGGGCCUCGUGCACGCGCGAGAGGACCGCAGGCCCAGAAAGAGGGCGCGGUCUGUCCUUGCAGGUGACCCUGGCCCUGUUGUAAAGCGUCCCUUGGCUCACGAAGCGUGUGUGUUAGACGUGCUGCCCGGCCACUUCACGUCCGAAGACAGGCUCCUAAAUACAGCUCUGACGGCAAAGUGAAAA